AUGCCAAUCGGAAGACAGCAGCUAGGAAGCGGGAAGAAGAUCAGGGAAGAUCAGGCAAGUGAACGGAAGGCGAAGGAGCAGAGAACUUUGGGCUUGGAAUCAACGCCCAAGGCGGCCGCGGAGGAUAAUCACAUGCUAGAAACGCCUAGCAGAGAGCCUCAGGAACCUCCAUAUUACUAA